GCGAAUUGUUGCCAUCACAUCAACAACAAAAAACAAUCACAAGGAAGAGAAAGCGCUUUCGGCCAUUACCACUUCACAUCAUACACACUUUUGCUUUCAUUCUUCCACACCACUCAUCUCGCUCAAAUCACAUCAUUCAUUCGUCCACCCAUUGAAUAUCAACACUACAAUUACCGCUUACUUUGAUCUACCCAUCUUCUCUUUCUAUACCUCUCCGUCACUGCCUUUCUAGCCGCAAACACUUUAUCCUGCUUACCCAACACAACUCAUUACCUAAAUAUGUCUGCUGAAUGGCCUUCGGUCGAAUCACACAAUGUUUCCCUUCCCACGAUUGUGACCACAAGCGAUCUUUUCGACGGGGAGCUGUUUGGAGAUGAGCUCAUGGAUAUCUACAACAAUGCCGGUGUAGAUGAAAAUGGGGAUCCCAAUGAAAUCCCAACGCUGCUCGACCACGGGGUGCACAGCCAUCAUGACGAUGAGCUUCAUCCUAUCAAUAUUGGUGGCCUUUCCUCUACAGCGAUGGACGAUGGACUAGGAGCAUUUCGUCCUUCGACAUCGUUCAACGAUUUGAGUACACUUCUGGCUGCUGAAGCCAAUGCUGCCGCUCAAUCCAUUACUCCCGUGGCGAGCGCCCCAGCUACCACGAUCCCGGAUUCAUCUCCUGCUGCUAAACGCAAGGCUAGCUUGACAAAGGCCGCACCGAAACGAGCGGACCCUACCCCCACCGUGACGACUACCGUUUCUCAAGUACCAACCGAGGUAGCUUGUAUCCCAGAGAGAAAUACCAUACCCAGUACGGUACAAAAGAAAGCCGCAGCUGAUGACACUCCCAAUCCUUUGUUUUUGGUUGAGAAGGCAGCUGAGAAGCUUCAAGUUACCGAAAGUGUCGUGUCUUCAACGGGUAUCAACACUCUUGGAGUUCAGCCCCAUAUUGUAAGCGUAUCGAUGUCAUCUUCCGACUCUUCUAUAGCGGAAUCCGAGGCCGAUUUCAAAACUAUAGCUCAGGCUGCUGUUUCGAAUCUGAUCAUGUCGGCUGGAACUACCAAGGUUGAAUCUGGCAAGUCUGACUUUGCUUCAGCGGAAAAAGUGGACACAAGCACGGCGCACAUCAAGGCACUGACCGGCAACAACUGGGUCACAGCUUGCACUGGCGCUGCUUCGAACGUUGUUCCGGUUGCGCCCGUUCACGAUCCAAAAAAUAGCAACCGAUCCCGCCGGCAGAAUCUCACCCCUGACGAACGUGCGCGUCAAAACCGAGAUCGGAAUCGCGAGCACGCACGGAAUACGCGUCUGCGCAAGAAGGCUUACGUUGAAGAGCUGAAGCAUACUCUAACUGAACUUGUCGCCCAACGCGAUGCUGCCGACCUGGAGAAACGACAGGCGGUCCAACGCGAAGCUGAACAGCGCGAAGUUCGUUUCCGCGUCAUCGAAGAGUUCCUGAAGCUUCGCGGCCGUAACGAAGGAAAUGUCGCGCGCUGGUCCGCCAUUCUCGAAGAAGGCUUCUUUCUUAAGCUUCCUGUGACCGCAUUUCGCUCUAUGGUUAAGGACGCAAGAACGACCGACUUUGAACAAGAACUAAAUGGUGUUUGUGAAGUCAUGGCAGAUUCCAGCAAUCUUGCCUCGUUUCUUCAGGGAUUCGACAAAGAUAGUAUAGGCGAUAUAUCGUUACACUAUGAGUGUGACCGUGCGAAUUUUCUCAUGGAUGGCUGCAAUGCCGUGCUGGAAUGGACCGCCAAAACUUCCAAGAAGGGGGAAACAUCUGGAUUCUCACUCAAGGGAAGUAUGAGAGGCAUCUUCAGCCCAGCUUCCAACAAGCUCAUUUCGGCGAGUAUCUCUUUUGACACUGGCUCUGUGCAAUCUCAACUCCAUCAAUUAUUACGAGAAAGUGGUCAUCAUACUCCAUUCGAUGCCGCUGAAAUGGCGGCAAGUCAGGCCGACGCCAUCCUGGAUUCUCUCCAAAUGCCUCAAAUGUCGAUGACAGUUCCAUCUGCCGUGAACGUUGUUCCUAAUUCUUCGUCCUCUUCUUCAGAUGCUUCCUCAAACAAAGACGAUUCACUCUCCUCUGACGAGAGUUUGUCUGAAGCAGGCCACAAGUCAGGGGAGCAAGGCAUUCCUAGUCGACGUGUUCGUCGAGUGGCUUAGUUUCUGAGCUGUUUCUGUCAAAUUACAUCACUCACUUCAUUUUCUGGGAAAGCGUCCCUUGCCCAGAUAGUGAAGGCUACAUGCACCUUUAUUCCUUGCAAUGUUUCGACUACCUUUUAGUUGUAUUCGCUAUUCACAUUAACUACAUUUUUGAUGCAGUGGUCAAUAAAAAGACAUCGUUCUAUU